AUGAGUCAGGGUAUUAUUCAGAAUUAUGAAUACAUUGCUACUCAUAUCAGUGAUUACAUUAAAGAAGGUAAUUUUUUCGAUGUAUUUGAAAUUGAAGACAUCAAAAAUAUCAUGAAAAAUUCAAAUUUAACAACAAAUGACUUCAUUGCUCUUCUUGAGCAGUCACAUCCUACUAUCAAAGCAAAUAAAUUAUAUUCAUGUACUCGAAAUGCUAAUAUUUAUAUUCAAAACUUUGAAGAUGUUAUUUCAACACUGAAAUCAAUCAAAAAGUACAUGAAACUCGGAAUACUUAAAGGUAUUGUUGACUUUUUAGAUCCAAAAGCGAAAGAAAUGUCUGAAUCUACAGAAAAAAUCCAAAAACUUCAAAAAGAGCUAAACGAAAUUCAAAAACAAAAACAAAAAAGUGACAACGAAAUAAAAUCUCUUCAAUCUCAACUCAAUCAAAUUAAUGAAAAAAACAACAAAUUAAAUGGAAAACUCAAUGAAAUAGAAAGUAAUUCCAAUCAAAUCAAUAAAACAAUUAAUCAGGAAGAAAUUUUAUCAAAAAUUUCAAAACUCAAGGAAUCAGGUGAUUUUGAAAGUAUCUACAAUUUCCUUGAUGAACUUUCAUCUCAAGGAAAUCAAAAAAUGUUUUCAAAAGCAUGUGAAGAAGGAUUUUGGUUGAAGAUAGCUCCUAAAAAAGAUAAAUAUGCUGAUGAAAAGAAUGUACUUCAUAUAGCAUGUGAAAAAGGAAAUUUCAGACUUGUUAAAUCUCUUAUUGAAUAUGGCUGUGAUAAAGAAACAAAGAGUAUUAAGCUUUUGACUCCACUCAUUUGUGCCUCAUGGAAUGGUCAUCUUGAAGUUGUUAAAUAUCUUAUCUCUAUUGGUGCUGAUAAAGAAGCAAAGGAUUAUUUUGGAAAUACGCCACUCAUUUAUGCAUCACAAAAUGGACAUCUUGAAGUUGUUAAAUAUCUUAUCUCUAUUGGAGCUGAUAAACGUGUAAAGGGUAAUGGUGAAUAUACUCCACUCAUUUAUGCAUCAAUAAAUGGACAUCUUGAAGUUGUUAAAUAUCUUAUCUCUGUUAGAGCUAAUAAAGAAGCAAAGUGUAAUAUUGGAUAUACUCCACUCAUUUGUGCAUCACAAAAUGGACAUCUUGAAGUUGUUAAAUAUCUUAUUUCUGCUGGAGCUGAUAAACGUGUAAAGGGUAAUGGUGAAUAUACUCCACUCAUUUAUGCAUCAAUAAAUGGACAUCUUGAAGUUGUUAAAUAUCUUAUUUCUGCUGGAGCUGAUAAAGAAGCAAAGGAUAAAUAUGAAUAUACUCCACUCAUUUCUGCAUCAAUAGAUGGACAUCUUGAAGUUGUUAAACAUCUUAUCUCUGCUGGAGCUAUUAAAGAAGCAAAGAAUAAUGAUGGAAGAACUGCUCUCGACUUUGCAAAUAAAGAUAUUAAACAUUAUCUGUAG